AUGUCGCUCCUAUUCCUCCCUGAAGAACUCAUCGCCGAAGUCUUAUCAUACCUUCCAGCCAAACCUUUGACACAACUCAGAUGUGUCAGUAAAUCAUGGAACACUCUCAUCUCCGAUUCCGGAUUCAUCAAACUACAUCUUCAACGAUCCAAGAAAAACAGAAACCUCACACAAAUCCUAUGCAUGUCUCUGGGUUCUUAUACCCUACCCUUCCCCCUCAAUACUUUACUAAACAACCCUUCCAUAAUCAAUUCCACCAAAAAUUACUUCCCAUCCAACCCCAAAUACCGCUACAUAUUCGUCGGUUCCUGCAAUGGAUUAUUCUGUUUCGUUCUUACAUUGUAUAAGAUAACUUAUCCUGAAAACACCUGGUUUCAGUUAUGGAACCCAGCCACCAACACAUUAUCUAAGCUAUAUACCAUGCCUAAUUUCGAUUAUUUCAGAUUUUCCGGGUUUUCAUUUGGCUAUGAUAAUUCAACCGAUACUUAUAAGUUUGUGUAUUUCCGUCCCAACAAGUUGGAAAUAUUUAGUUUCGGCUCUAAUGUUUGGAAAACUAUUCAACUUCCUCACACGGUUCCUUUAAAUCAUUUGAAUCGUGUUCCGUAUAAACGCAAAUUUCUCAGUGAAGCUAUGUAUUUGAAUGACACUAUUUACUUCUUGGCGCGAGAGAUUGCUAAACAAAUUGUGAUUAUCUCGCUGAAUCUGGGUAACGACACAUAUAGCAAGUUGCUUCCUCCUCAAGAUUUUGUUGAAGUUUCACUUCACUUGCCAACUAUUCAUGUGAUGGAAGACUCUCUCUAUUUUAGUCACCAUACCCAAGAAAUCGAUUUUAUCAUAUGGAAGAUGACGGAGUUUGGAACGGAAAAGUGUUGGAUUCAAUUUCUUAAAAUAAGCUAUGAGGAUUUGAAUAUUCACCCGGAAUAUAAAAAUUCUCUAUCCCCACAGUGCCUUUAUGGGGGUGAUUUGAAUAUUCAUAUGAAAUAUAAAUAUUUCCUCUCUCCAUUGUGCAUUUAUAAGAGUGGCAUCGCACUAGUACAAGCAGGAAACGGCCAUGGAUUGCGUGUGAUUGUCUAUAAUUGGAGUGAAAAUAGAAUAGAAAAAACUCGAAUGGACAGUUCAUUGUUGUGGAUGAUUAACCAAAAUUAUGUUGAAAGCUUAGUUCCGACGAGUUGA